CUUCUACGCAUGGUAGCGGCUUGUGAGUGUUGUUUACAGAGUUUGAAACUUGUUUUUAAGUGCCACAGUUGAUAAAAUUGUGACAAAAUGAUGGCAACAAACGGAAAGAAAGCUUGUGGAGUAAAAGAUGAGUCGUCGGUGUCCACAAACGGCGCUUUUGGCAGCAAUUCACCCUCAGCUGUUGUGAACGGCGCUGCAAAGGAAGCUUCACCGGCCUCCAAGCUGCAAAACGGAGGAGCUGAGGCGGCCAAAAGGUUCACCUUCACCUCCGAGCCCACCAUCGAGGAUAUUCGGCGUUUGCAAGCGGAGUUCACGGACGAGCGGGACUGGAACCAGUUCCAUCAGCCCCGCAACCUGCUGCUGGCCAUGGUCGGGGAGGUGGGCGAGGUGUCGGAACUCUUCCAGUGGCGGGGGGAGGUGGCCGAAGGACUGCCAGACUGGACCGAGUCUGAGCGGGAGCAGCUCGGCCAGGAACUAAGCGACGUGUUGAUUUAUCUGGUGGAGCUCGCCGAGAAAUGUCACGUCGACCUUCCCCAAGCGGUGCUCCGCAAAAUGGCCUUAAACAGACUGAAGUACCCCGCCAGCAAGGUGCACGGCUCGGCCAAGAAGUACACAGAGUAUAAGGACUAAGUUUUGUGUUUACUGACAGAUGUCAAUCAGGGGACGCUGGUGGCAAUGAUGACUGGAGCUGCUACUAUCUUCACUGUCAACAUGCUGUAGCUGCACUAUAAACUACUGUUGAACUUUUUAUCCCUUGGUUCAAAUGUUUAUUUUCCUGGGGUUGCACAUGCAACUUGUAUGUAUCUUUGUGAGCCUAGUUACCCAAAGUCACAGUCAGUUUUGGCUUUUUCUUGCUGUAAACUUUUACGGUUUUUAUAGUCUGAUCAUUGAUCAUCUUAAAUUUGCCUUUUGGUACUAGUAUACAAGAGGAGUGUAACAGUGGUUUGGAAAGUAGUUGAUAUUGACUUUAAUGAAUGUUCUGACCAUCCCACACAUGGAAAAUUGAGAAAGCAGCAAAGGAAUACAUGUUAUUAUUUUUGUGUAUAUUUGAGUUAUUCUAAUUUCCCAUCAUGUCUUGUUUGGAUCAUCUCAUCUGAGGUUUUGUUCAUAUCACCUAUUACACAUUUUC